UGAUGGGAUUAAUGUAAAACCACUGUGCUAAAUUGGGGGGAGGGGGCAGUUGGAUGGCAAUGGAGGGUAGAGCCAUACACUGCAUUCACCAUGACACAAAUAUUCAUAAAGUGGGCCACAAAGUAUAGAAAUUGAGGGCAGUGCCUAGGGGUGCCAUUUCUAACUGGCAGAGCAGACAGUGACAUAAAGUGGAGGACAGAGGCAAACAGAGAUGGUGCUGGAAUUUAUUGUACCAAAUAUUCUGAUGAACAUGUCGUCUUUCGCUGUCUUUACCAGGCGGGAAGUUACUGAUCGGCUGUCAGGCAGUAAAAAGUUACAGCUAAUAGUUUUGAAUAUGAAAAUACAGUAUAUGGAUACCUAACCAUUAUACUUUGUGAUAGAAGUAAAAGUACCAGUACCACAAUGUAAAAUACUCCAUGACAAGUCAAAGAGCUGGUUUCAAAAAUCUGUUUAUUGUGACUGAGGUAGUAUUCCUGUAUCUGACAUUAAUAGAUGCUGCAUCAGUGUGUGAGUAGCAUUUAAGUCUUGCAGCUGCUCGAGGGGGAGGAGGUGUUUUAGUCCAGUGUCUGCCUGCAGGGAAGGAGGAAAUGUGAGGGCUGGUGAUGAUCAAUAGAAAAGGCUGAGUUCUGACACAAAUGUCUUCAUAUUUUGGAUUAUUACAGUGAACAACUUCAAGACAUUAGAAACAUAACAAGGUGCUUCACCAGAGACUUGUUCUGUGAGGGCUCAAUAGAUGGAAAUAUGUCGUUCAUCUAACAAUUCCCUGUAUUCACAGUAUAACAUUAUUAUGGUGUUUCAUGUACAUUUCAAAUCUGAAAAGUAUCUCGCAACUACAGCUGACAGAUCAACAGUGGAGUACCAAGUACAAUAUGCCUCCCUGAAAUAUGGUGGAAUAAGGGUAUAAAUACUCAAAUGAAGUACAAGUACCUAAAAAUUGUAAUCAAGUGCAGUACUUGAGUGAAUGUAUGCGGUUAGUUUUACUGCUUUGGUUUUGGAAUGACAGCCACCACCUGGCUCCAUGUAGCCACAGGAGCAUUAAUGAGGUCCAAUACACACUGACUGAUAAGAGCCGGCUCACAGUCAGCAGUCCACUUCAUCCCAAAGGUGUGGGAUGGGGCUGAGGUCGGGGCUCUGUGCAGGCCAGUUAUAUUCAUCCGCACCAUACAGGAAACACCAUCCCCUGUAUGAAUAAACAAGUUUGAAAGCCUGCUGUGGUUUAAGUGUUGUCCUCGUGCAGUAGCUGCUACAGCAUCAAGAUGUCCCUUCACUGGAACUACACCUACAUCACAAAAACAGCCCUGACCCCAGACCAAAGGUCAAUGGACAGCAGUGUCCACAUACUUUUAGUCAUAUAGCCAACAUGAGAACAUUGUCCAUGGCUGUGCAUCGAUGUUUCAGUUUGUGCUAUUUCCAGUGUUGUGUCCUGAUAAAAGUUGCAGGGUGAAACUAACCUCAGGGCGUUAUAGGGUCAUGUGGUGGAUCAAUCACUUCAAACUGGAGUCCUAGUUUACCACAGCAUUGAAAUAGUGUCAGCUACACACUGCACACUGGGGUCUCGUCUGUCAGGGGAUGACAGCUGAGCCCCGACGUCCCACAAAUGAAUCUGCUCUUUCAUAAUGGCUUCACACUGAAGCACAAGAGACCAGGACCCUAGAAAACAUGUAAGUAAGACAUCUUUGUUGUGUUUUGAGGUUUCAUCUGAUGACAGACCUACAAGUUCACUGACAGCUGAUAAUAAUGUGACAGAAGAUGGGGGAUUGGAACUUAUUAGGGAGCAUUUUAGAAGAGGUCCACAUUCAUUCCACCAUCGUGGGGAAGAUCUGGCUCACCAUCCUCUUCAUUUUCCGGAUGCUCGUGCUGGGUGUCGCAGCUGAGGACGUCUGGGAUGAUGAGCAGAGCGAGUUUGUUUGCAACACAGAGCAGCCGGGCUGCAAGAACGUCUGCUACGACCAGGCCUUCCCCAUCUCCCUCAUCCGCUACUGGGUCCUCCAGAUCAUCUUUGUGUCCUCUCCAUCGCUGGUCUACAUGGGUCAUGCCUUAUACCGUCUGAGGACCCUGGAGAAAGAGAGGCACAGGAAAAAAGCCUGUCUGAAAGCUGAGCUGGAGGGGACGGACCCCAUCAAGGAAGACCACAAGAGGAUCGAGCGAGAACUCAGGAAACUAGAUGAACAGAAGAAAGUAAGGAAAGCUCCCCUCAGAGGCUCCUUGCUGCGCACAUAUGUGUUCCAUAUCUUGACUAGAUCUGUGGUGGAGGUGGGCUUUAUUAUAGGUCAGUGUGCUCUGUAUGGCAUCGGGCUCUCCCCUCUGUACAAAUGUGAGCGUUUGCCUUGUCCCAACAGUGUUGACUGUUUUGUGUCACGACCAACAGAGAAGAACAUUUUCAUUGUCUUCAUGCUGGUUAUCGCCGGAGUUUCUUUAUUCCUCAACCUCCUGGAGAUUUUCCAUCUGGGGGUGAAGAAGAUCAAACAGAGCCUGUACGGAUACAAAUAUGGAGAUGAUGAGAGCGUGUGCAGGUCAAAGAAAAACUCCAUGGUGCAGCAGGUUUGUGUGCUCACCAACUCCUCACCACAGAGGCUGAUGCACCUCACGCAGAUGACCUGCUCUGUUGUGUCUGAUGCUCUCGGGGAGCCUGCGCCUCAGAAUCAGGAGCCGUCCCGGAGUUCCAAUCAGCAGCCUGUGCAGAUGCUCCCGCCGAGCCAAGCCAACGCCCAGGGCCUGCAGCAGCUGGGGGGGGCCGAGCGGCGCUCCACCCUGGAGAGCAGGAAGCCCUCGUGUAGCAGCGACGAGUCAAACGGGCCGCAGGGCUCGGGCCACCCGCAGUACGCGGGACCUCGACCCUCGCUCAUGGCCUGCCACAUGGAAAUCCCAGCAGCCCUGAAACACCCGCAGAGGAAGCAGAGCAGGGUGAGUGUCUGUAAGGAGCUCAGCGACAUGAGCGAUUCUCCAGAGAGCGACCACUACCCCACAGCCAGGAAGUGCAGCUUCAUGUCCAGAGGACUGUCAGAGGGAAAGCUGGCCACUCCGUCUGACAGCGCAGACUCUCAGAGUGGAACGGACGUGGAGGCCCAGCACCUCAACCAGGGAGAGAGUCCGGUGAUGACCCCUCCGCCUCCAGCCAGCGGGAGGAGGAUGUCCAUGAGCAUGAUUCUGGAGCUGUCUUCAAUCAUGAAGAAGUGAACCGAGGAUGACCGAGCGUCGGUUCUAAAGGCACUGAGGGAUCCUGAUCACAAAACCACUCUCAUCCUGUCUCUGAACGUCAUGUGUUCACAGUAUGUUUCUACAGUAUGUGUUGUGCAUGAACAAAGAGCUUCAGUUAAAAUAUGUUAACACACCUUUCCACAGAAAAAAAGCUUUAUAAUUAGCCUCAGGCUCUGUACCAAUGAUAUCUCCAGCAUCUCCAGGAUACUUUUGGAGACCAUGAAUCAAACAUGAAUGAAAAUUAUAUUUGGCUCAAAGCACAUGUGACUGCUCAUAAAAUGAGACCAAAAGUCAGUUGCAGAUGUAUUUGACAGAGGAUUGUCGUUAAAGGUUGUGGAAGAAGCAGCCACAGACCAGAGUGUGGUUUAUCAAAGGGCUCUUCAAAUUCAACAUUUAGUUUGGACUGAGAGCAGCCUAGUGUUGUUUAGGAAUAUGUCUGACACAUUUAAA